AUGUCUCAAAACAACUCAAACUCAGACCUCAUCAAUGAAGGAAAGCCAUACCUGUUUUAUGGAUGCGGUACUACCAAUCCAUGGAAGAUAAAGAUAAUGUUUGAUGAACUUGGAAUUGAUUACAAGUACGAGGAGAUUGAGAUAUUCAAUGACGAGAAUCCAAAGAAGAUUGAAUUCAAGAAGACCUUCCCAAAUGGAAAGGUACCAGCCAUCAUUGACUAUACAGUCAGUCCACCACUACCAAUAUUCGAAUCGGGUGCCAUCCUACUCUACCUUGCUGCCAAGCAUGGCAAGUUCCUUCCAGAUAUCAAGACCAACCCUCGUGAGCAUGCUGACGUUCUCCAAUGGUUGGCAUGGCAGAUCUCGGGCCUGGGUCCAAUGAAUGGCCAAUACACCUACUUCUCAUGCUUUGCUCCAGAGGCAGUGCCAGCCGCUGAGGACAGGUACUACAAGGAGACUGAUAGAUUGUACACAGUGUUGGAUCAACAAUUGAAUGAUAAGGAGUGGAUUGCUGGUGGUCAGUUCUCCAUCGCAGACAUGGCAGUGUAUGCAUGGGCGAUAUACAUUCGCGAAGGAUUCCUUCCACAUCAUGAGAAGUAUCCAAAUGUUAUGAGAUGGUUGGAUCGUAUGAACCAGAGACCAUCAAUCGCCAAACAUCUUCCUACAAUUAUGGACCCACUUGCUGAAGAGAUCGAACAUCUCAAGCAUGCCGGUACCUAUCGCAUCAAGUUCUAG